CCCACCCACUUUUCAAAAAAAAAAAAAAAAAACCUACUAUAAAUUCUCCCAAAUAUUCUUCUACUCUUUACCUUCAUCCAUACCCAUAGUUGCGUUGCAGCAUCAAUUCUUUCUUUGCCAAACAAAAAUCUAUAUAUUUUGAAGAAAAUUUUAUUAAUUUAGAAAGAAAGAGAUGCAGAUCUUUGUGAAGACGCUUACAGGAAAGACUAUUACUCUCGAGGUUGAGAGCUCCGAUACUAUCGAUAAUGUCAAGGGCAAGAUUCAGGACAAGGAAGGAAUACCUCCUGAUCAGCAGAGAUUGAUUUUUGCUGGCAAACAGCUUGAAGAUGGUCGGACUCUUGCAGAUUAUAACAUCCAAAAGGAGUCGACUCUUCACUUGGUUUUGAGGCUUAGGGGAGGGACUAUGAUCAAGGUCAAGACUCUCACUGGCAAAGAGAUUGAGAUUGAUAUCGAACCCACUGAUACCAUUGAUCGGAUUAAGGAACGUGUUGAAGAGAAAGAAGGAAUUCCACCUGUGCAGCAAAGGCUCAUCUAUGCUGGCAAGCAGCUUGGAGAUGACAAGACGGCUCGUGAGUACAAUAUUGAGGGUGGCUCUGUGCUUCAUCUUGUGCUUGCGCUGAGAGGGGGAAGUCUAAUGGUUUAAAUUCUAUAUUUUGCAUAAUAUGGAUGACUCUGCAUGUUAUAUGCGAUGUUUGAUAAACAUUAUCUGAUAGUUUCCUUGACAUGUUAUAGACAUGUUCUGUUUUAUUAGUAAUUUGUGACUCACUCAGGAAACUUAAUAGUCUAUAUUAUUCCCCUCCUACUUCCGCUUUGGAACUGGUAACUUUUGAGACAAGCAAAAGAACUAACUUAUUUGUGCUUGUAUUCCCUUAAAAUAAACUUGCGGUUUGUCUUAA